CAACAUCACAAAUAUAAAAGAAAGAAACUAAAAGCGACGGCCAUGGAAAAAGUUGGGGAUCUAGAGACAUGCAUCAAGAACAGAAUUAAAGAGAUCGAGGAGGAAGAAGAACGUAAUUUGAAGAUACUUAAGGAGUUGGAGACUCAGAUCAUGUCCCCAACCGAAAAAGGUACGCAACAUCCGUCUACAAGUAUCAACGAGCCAAUUCUUGGGGAUGAUGUCCCAAAGGCUUCAGAUGUUGCACCCGAAGGGGGACCUUCUUUCCGCCCAACGGGAAAGGGAAACAUGGAACCAUCUGAUGACGAUGAUGAGAAGAAGACCAAUGAAGGAGAGAGCAGCAAGUCUGGUGGUGUGGAUGAUGCCUAAUGAAGCAGCUAGCCGUCGAAUAAUAAAAAAAAUAAUGUUGUCUUGAAAUAAAGUUGUUGUUGUGUCUUUGCAUGCUCAUUUAGUAUUUCUAGUUUUUGUUGUUUAAUUUGGUCAAGCGUCGGUCAUGUUUGUUGUUGUGUCUCAAACCUAAAUAAUGGAAUGUUUAUUUGCUAAUAUAUGGAAACCUAUGAUGCA